AUUAAGUAUGAAAAAACAUGAAUCUCAACGUAUAACGUGAUGGAUGGGAAUGGUUCCAAAGAUUUAGACACUUCAUAAAAGUACUUCCCAAUGCAGCUUUUUUGCUUUUCGCGUCAUGUGUUGCUCAGUGUGGUUAGUGACGCGUAAUUGAAAAUUGCUGCACUGUUUCUCAUUAUUAUCUCCAGUUCCCAAUGAAAUUAUCUAUCAUUGUCGCUUUGGUUGAGGUUCGUAUUGAAAAACCAUAUAAUAAGAAUACUGAAAAUAUAGGAUAAUACUUGCAAGGUAUGAAGAGCUGCGUCAGAUGGGUACAAAAAUAGCACAGUGAAAAUCUGAUAAUCAGCAAUUGGAGUUAGCAUCACCAUUCCAAUUAUAUUUCAAUCCUAUCUUAAUUCUCAAACAAGGACAACUAUGGAGAUUGAUAACUACAUUCCUCUUCUUUGGAACCUUUGGUUUCAAUUUCUUUUUCAAUAUGAUAUUCACUUAUAGAUAUUGUAGGAUGUUAGAAGAAGGAUCAUUCAGGAAUAGGACAGCAGAUUUUGUGCUGAUGUUUGUUUUUGGAGCAGUAUGCAUGAUUUGCUUUGCCUUCUUUGUUAAUUUAUUAUUCUUAGGUCAAGCAUUUACGAUAAUGUUAGUUUAUGUCUGGUCAAGGCGGAAUCCAUUUGUGAGGAUGAACUUUUUUGGCCUGCUCAAUUUUCAGGCGCCUUAUUUGCCUUGGAUUCUUCUGGCAUUCUCGGUGCUUCUAGGUAAUGCUGUUUACGUAGAUUUGAUGGGCAUUGCGGUGGGACAUAUUUAUUAUUUCUUAGAAGAUGUCUUUCCCAACCAAAGAGGAGGUUUCAAAAUUCUAAAAACACCAUCACUUAUGAGAACUUUAUUUGACCCACUUCCUGAUGAUUAUCAGAGGUUACCUGAAGAGCAACCAGGAGGUUUCCAAUGGGGAAACCAGAAUAAUAGGCCAGCAAACGAAAACAAUGCUGAACAUAAUCAGGAACAAAAUGACAACGCUGAGAAUCGUUGAAAACUGUUUUUGUACUACCUUUAUUUAUUAUCAUAAACCAAAACCCCUUUAUAGUCAUUGAGGAAUAAUGAGUGAUUAGAUUACUGUAUUUUUGUGGUAUAUAUUCGACGUUAUAUUUUCCAUAAGUGUUUCAUACUGAUAUUCAAACUAAAAUUGAAACAAAAAAUUGAGAAUGCCGAUUAAUUUUCAUUUCAAUAAACACUGAAUAUAUUCUUAAU